UCAUGUGCAAUGGCCCCAGCUGCUUACUAUAUAAUUUAUGGAAAUCUCUAGUCAAUGAUUUUGACGUGUUUCUUACGUUUGCACGUGAAACGUGAAAUUAUUGCCACCGGCAUAUUAUUUUUUAUACUGCUUUCUUGAAAACUGAAAAGACAUACAUAAAGAAGAACAAAAUGACCUUGACAUGGGACGAGAAAUAUAGACUUAUUACCAGGAAUCUGGCAGAAUGGUUGGGAGAUGAGAAACUCAAAAAUAUCCUGAAGGAACGUGAUCUCAAACUGUAUUGGGGUACAGCUACAACAGGGCGACCUCAUAUUGGUUACUUUGCACCUAUGUCCAAGAUAGCUGAUUUCUUACGAGCAGGAGUAGAAGUAACAAUUCUCUUCGCAGAUCUCCAUGCAUAUUUAGAUAACAUGAAAGCACCCUGGGAACUUUUGCAACUUCGUACUCAAUAUUAUGAAGCUGUAAUCAAGGCAAUGUUGAAAUCCAUUGAUGUUCCGUUGGACAAAUUAAAAUUUGUCAAAGGCACAGAUUACCAGUUAUCAAAGGAAUACACAUUGGAUGUAUAUCGUCUGAGCUCGCUUGUGACAGAGCAUGAUGCAAAGAAAGCUGGUGCUGAAGUUGUUAAGCAGGUCUCUAAUCCUCUGCUAUCUGGACUUCUUUAUCCAGGAUUACAAGCACUUGAUGAGCACCAUUUAAAGGUAGACGCGCAGUUUGGUGGUGUUGAUCAGAGGAAAAUCUUUACUUUUGCAGAGAAGUAUCUGCCUAUGAUGGGAUAUGAAAAAUGUAUUCAUCUGAUGAAUCCAAUGAUUCCUGGUUUGGCAGGUGCAAAAAUGUCUUCAUCUGAAGAAGAUUCGAAAAUCGAUUUGUUGGACAAUGCUGCAAUGGUGAAAAAAAAGUUGAAGAAAGCAUUUUGUGAACCUGGAAAUAUUGAGGAUAAUGGAGUUUUAACAUUCUCCAAACACAUUCUAUUUUCAUUAUUUAAAGAUGGCGAUGUUUUCAACGUACCUAGAACUGCAGAAUUUGGCGGUGACAUAUCCUUCUCAAAAUAUGAGGAUUUGGAAACUGCCUUUGCAAAGCAAGAUAUACAUCCUGGGGAUUUGAAAAAUGCUGUAGAAAUAUACAUCAACAAACUUCUGGAUCCAAUAAGAAAGGAAUUUGAAACAAAUUCAAAGUUAAAAUCGCUUGCAAGCAAAGCAUAUCCUCAGUCGAAAAAACAAAAACCCCAAGAGGUGGAAAUUACUCCUGCAAGAUUAGAUAUCCGAGUGGGCAAAAUAAUUGAAGUUAAGAAGCAUCCCGACGCGGAUUCGCUCUACAUUGAGAAAAUAGAUGUAGGUGAACCAAGUGGCCCACGUACUAUAGUUAGCGGAUUAGUCAACUUUGUAUCUUUGGAAGAGAUGGAAAACAGAAUGGUAGUGAUCUUGGCCAAUUUAAAACCAGCGACUCUUAGAGGAGUGUCAUCACAUGGAAUGGUUCUCUGUGCUUCAGUUGAAGAACCAACAAGGCAAGUGGAACCUUUGAGACCUCCUGCAAAUAGCAUGCCUGGUGAUAAAAUUAUUAUCGAGGGAUAUGAAGAUGGGACAGCAGAUGAUGUAUUAAAUCCAAAAAAGAAAGUGUGGGAAAAACUGCAGGUCGAUCUUGUGGUAAAUGGAGAUGGCGCAGCAUCUUGGAAUGGGAAUCUCUUACUCACUUUGGCAGGUGGCAAGAUAACAAGUGAUACUCUCAGAAACGUUCCAAUUAAAUAAUGCAGUUAUAACUAGCUUUAUAUCUAUUGCA